AUGACAUCGAGGACGUUCAACAGCACGUGGGCGGCCGAUGUGAUCUCACGGGAUGAGAUAGCGGCGCUGUACUGCCUUCCCUCUCACCACUGCCACCCCUUCCUCUCUCACGUGGUCUCGCAGGAGGAGAUAGCGGUGCUGUACCGGGAGUUCUUCUCGCAGGAGGAGAUAGCGGCGCUGUACCGGCGGUUCUGUGCUUUGGACCGCAACGGCAAGGGGUACGUGAGCGGGGACGAGUUCCUCUCCAUCCCCGAAUUCGCCAUCAACCCCCUCGCGCAUCGGCUACUGGGCAUGCUAGAGGGAGUGAACUUCAAAGACUUUGUCAAGUGGCUCGCUGCCUUCAGCUCCCGCGCCACUGCUGAGGACCGCACCCGCUUGGUGUUUGCCGUGUACGACGUGGAUGGCGACGGCAAGAUAUCCAAGGGCGAUGUGCUCGCCAUGCUGCGGGACCUGUCCGGGAGCUUUCUCUCAGAGGAGCAACGACAGGAGGUGGUGGUGCAGGCGAUGCAGCAGGCGGGGUUCAGCAGCGACUCACUGCUCUCCUUCACUGACGUCUACAAGGUCAUAGGGAAGCAACUGCGGUUGCAACUUGACAUUCCUGUGGACGAAUAG